UGGAGUGCAACUCAGGAGCUGAGAGGCCGAGUCGUGCUGGCAGGAUGGGAAAUUGUCUCCUGAGAAAAGUCCGGCAGGAAGCGACUCCAGUUGAGAGAGAAAAUCGAAGUCAAGAUAAGAAAAGUAAAGAAGUUUCAUCCACUUCUAAUCAGGGAGCUCAGCACAGUGCGGGUUCUGACGAAGUGUGCUACACCGUCAUCUGCCACAGGCCCUCCUUGAGCUCCAGCGAAGGUGGCUACGAGAACAUUGACGCUGUCACAAAGAGAGUGAAAGCCCAGAACGAAGAGCCAGAAACCGAAUACACCCUCCUGAGGGCCAUGCACACCUCCAGGCGGCCCUCCUACACCCUCGAGCACGAUUAUGAACUUGUGCUGCCCCAGUAGGCCCCUCGCACCCUGUUAUGGCUUCUGGGGAGGUCUCUCAACACUCAGCUCACAGAACACCCACUUCGCCAGAGUUGAGAAAUGGUACCCUUCUACCACGCGGCCUUGGGAGACCCUUCAACAUGGCCC